AUGCAGAGAGUGCAGCACGAGUGUCAAAUAGACCUGAAAACGAGGGAGAUUUUUUUCCUUCCAAACCGCACACUCGUCCAACGGCUCGGUAAAUCUCUUCGUAAAAUUUUCAUGGCCUCGCCGAGGAAUCCCCGAGCUCUCCGGUACCUGAGAAACCAGAGUGCCAUCAUCUAUGAAUGCAGGCGCCACACGCACGACAACAAAUCCAUCAUCCACCCAUUCAGCAUCUUCAGGUACUGGUGGGACUUCCUAAUGGUCCUGAACCUAGUCGGGAGUCUUCUCAGCAUUCCCCACCAGGCGACGUUCGAUAUGUCGAGGUCGACGACCCCAUCCUGGACGUUUAUAAAAAAUGUAUCACUCGCCAUUGACUGCAUCGACGUUCUCCUCAAUUUUUCGACAGGGUACUUUGCGAGGACACGAAGGACAGUGGAGAUGCGACCAAGGAUGAUAGCUAAGAGGUACGUCCUAACUGGGACAUUUAUUUCGGAUGUUUUGGGAUCACUACCAACCGAUUUGCUCUUCAUCACCACGUGGAAGGACUGGGUGGUGGCCAGGGAGUUAUCCAGCAUGAUCCACAUAUUCCGGAUAUUCUCAACGAGGGUCUACGUUAAGAGGGUGGCAGAGACCUACGACGUACCCCCGAGCCUGACGGGGAUCUUCACCUUCAUCCCAAUAUUCGGGAUAAGCGUCCACUGGCUGGCGUGCAUCAGCUGGAUCGUUCCAGUUGCCAAAAUUUCGUUGACAACAGUUGAAUCUCCUGAGGAGACAUCAUCAUCGUGGAUCAAUACCCAUCAGCUUUGGAAUACGGACAGUCAGGUGAAGUACACGAUGUCCCUCAUGAGAUCAAUCACGAUUCUGACGCGAUCAGGAUUUCUAUCGAAGGAACCAGUAGCCGACGAGGACCAGUACAUCGCCAUGGCCAUCCAGAUUCUGGGCACCCUGAUCCUCUGCUACGUGGUGAGCCAGGUAAUGCUGAUGUUCAAGGGUGGCAACAGUUCGAAGCUCAGGUACCAGGCGACAGUGGCCCAGUUGAAGCAGUACAUGCGUCACAAACAUCUGGAGCGAACCGUCCAGAAGAGGUUCCUCACGUACUACGAGUUUCGUUAUCAGCAGCACUUUUUCCGUGAAUCAGAGAUCCUCAACACCCUGUCCUCGCAAGUUAAGCUGGAGAUUGGAAUGCACUCCUGUCGUAAAUUGGUGGAGAACGUGACAUUCUUCAACAAUUUACCAGUCUCACUGUUGACAAGAAUUGUCGCCCAGCUGAAGUCCGAGAUAUUUCUGACGAAUGAUGUGAUUGUUCGAGCUGGACAGACUGGUGAUUGCAUGUACUUCAUAGCAACGGGUACAGUCGCUGUCUAUACUGAUUCUGGACGUGAAAUAUGUCAUCUAGAAGAUGGUGCACAUUUUGGGGAGAUAGCAUUAGUGAUGGCCGAUGAGAAACGAGUGGCUAAUGUCAUUGCUGUGGAAACAUGUGAGUUGUACAGACUUGAGAGAGGGGAUUUCAUCAAGACAAUUCAUCCUUAUCCAAUGCUGUGGGACAGAAUAAAGAAAAUAGCGAUGGAGAGACACGAGAAGACAAUGAUACUGGAUACACAUUGAGGGGAAU